AUGUGGCCCGCGCCCGACGACCUGGCGCCUACACAGACUUCAGUGGACCAGCGGAGCACGGAGGAUGCGAUCUACGAGCUGAUCGCGCCGCAUACCGGCGCCGGGGCGCAGCCACUGCCGCCGCUCCGCCGCGACGAGCACGCGGCCUUUUUGCUGCGUAUUCUCGAGCCGCUGCCUGCGCCGUACGUCGCCUUUGACUCGAACCGCGCGUGGCUCAUCUACUGGAUUGCCCACUCGCUCGACCUGAUGGGCAUGCCGCUCACCGGCGCGCUGCAAGCACGGGCCAUCUCGACGCUGCUGCACUUUCAAGACAAGGUCAAGGGCGGGUUCGGGGGAGGGCCCGGGCAGAUGGGCCACCUCAUGAGCACCUACGCAGCGGUUUGUGCUUUGGCGAUCGUCGGCGGCCCCGGUGGCUUGCCGACCGACGAAGACGUGGCCCACGGGCGCAGCGUCGACGUCGGCCGCGGGGGCUGGGACUGCAUCGAAAAAGAGGCGCUGUACGAAUGGAUGAUGCGCCUCAAGCAGCCCGACGGCUCUUUUCUCGUGCACGAGCAAGGCGAGAUCGAUGUGCGCGCGACGUACUGCGUGAUCAGCAUUGCGAGUCUCCUGGGCCUCGUCACCGACGAGCUGCUGGCCGGUGUCGGCGACUAUAUCGCGAGCUGCCAGACCUACGAAGGCGGCUUUGCGGCGAUGAGUUGCGCCGAGUACGUUGCGGACGGUGCACGCGUCGCACCGCUGCAGCCCGUGGCGCAGCAGCACCCCCAAGGCGAGGCGCACGGCGGCUACGCCUUUUGUGCCUUUGCGUCGCACGUCCAGCUCGCGCUCCUCGGCCGUGCGGGCCCGGUGGACACGGACGCGCUGCUGCGGUGGGCAACUUCCCUCCAAGGCUCUUUGUACGAAGGCGGCGGCUUCCGCGGGCGCACCAACAAGCUCGUCGACGGCUGCUACGGCUGGUUCUGUGGCGGCGGCCUGAUGACAUGCCUCGAGGGCCUGAUGCUGCCGCCCCACGAUGCUGUUCACGACGCGGACGACGACACGGGCUCGUGGGAAUCGCUCAGCGAGCAUGACGGCGACCUGCUCGACCGCGCCGCGCUCCAGACCUAUAUCCUGGCCGUGGCCCAAGCCCCCCGCGGCGGCCUGCGCGACAAGCCCGGCAAGCGGCCGGACGCGUAUCACACGUGCUACAACCUCUCUGGCCUGUCCAUGACGCAGCACCGCCUGCGUCCGAGCCCGUCCGCCGUGGCGUCGGCCGCGGCCGCCUGCCCCUCGUCCGAUGCGCUGCUCCGUGCGUGCUAUUCGCAAAGCCUCGGGUGGGCGGUGCAGGCGGCGGGCGGCUCAGACGCGGUGCAUGCGACGCACCCUCUCUUUAACGUUGCGCUUCCUCACGCCGAGCGCAUUAUGAGCUACUGCUAUACAUAG